UGUGGGAGUGAGGUUGUGGGCAGGACGCGCUGGCAGGUUGUGCGCCUGCCGCUGCCAUCGCCGCUGCCACUACCCUCAGUGCCGUCGCUGGCUCGUGCCGGCGCCCGAGGUAUUUUUAUCCCAUGGGCUUCGUGUGCCGCUGCGUGCCCACUGCUCCGGUCUGCUUCAGUUACACUCCGCUCACCCACUUACCUGCUCCACUCUCGUCUGCUCUCUGGCUUCCUGAGCUGGCGCUGGAAAUCCUCAUCUGCGUAGAGCGCGGGGCCCUGGGACUUCGGGCGAGGCGCUGUCCGACGCGACGAAGGAGUGCUGUUCCGUGCCGUGUCCUCGCGUGUUCAGGUGUACGAAAACGUAUGAUAAGGCGCUGCUUUUGACAGACAAAAGGCCCAGUUGGACAGGACCCAGCCCCGUGUCAGGAGGGCCGCUGUAAAUGGGAGUGUAGGUGACGUGUGCUAUGCGCGCUUAGGGCUGCGGGCGUGGAGGGGGUGGGCGUGCGGAGCAAGGGGCAGUAUGAGCGGGCGCAGCCGUCAGCAGUACGGCCGGAGCGCCACGACCUCGUACACGAACAUCCUCGGGGAUUCCGGCGGCGACAUCCUAAACCGCUGUUCGAACCUGCUCAAUAAGUUCGCGUCGCGCGUGCGGGCCGCGUCGCAGUCGGGGGAUGACCGCGUGCCCCUCCACGACGCCAGCAACAGCCUCGGCGGCGGCAGCCACUCCUCCAGCAAGAGCUCUUACUCGCAGUACCCCAUGUUGCUCAAGUACAACAAGUACGACGACUCGCCGCGCUUCACCGACUAUAAAUCCUCGUCGGCGCUCGUGGCCGAAAUGAAAUCGCGACCCUCGCACGACGUGGCGACUUCCCGCUACAAGCCCGGCCAGGGCACUUCGGUCCUGCACGGCGUCGGCUCCUCGUCGGGCUACGGCUACGGCUACGGGAGCAGCUACGGCGCCGGCAGCAAGGGCGGCCACCCCUUGUCGACCUCCGCCUCCUUCUCCUCCUUCUCGACCUUCAAGUCCGACUACGGCGCCUCGGACCUGGGCAAGAGCGAUGGGUCGCCGAGGGCCAGCAGGUACACGUACAGCCGCACGGCCUCGGACCUGGGCCUCGACGGCGACUACGGCCUCCGGAGCGCGUACGCCUCGACGUCCGCGCCCUCGCCCAACUUCGACAAGAUCGGCUCGCGCUACAAGCCGAGUCGGUUCCUGAAGAAGAACAACCUGGCGCGGACGGGCUGCGACGAGGAGGACGAGGCCGCCGACGAGAUCACCGUGCUCAGGAAGAACCCCAGCGCCAAGAAGACCGACUACUGGUCGCAGUACGGGGCGCACUCCCCGAACAUCAUGGACAAGUGCCUGGAGGCGGGCAGCAGCAGCAGGCUAGGCAACCUGAGCCCGCAGCUGCGGCGGCGCCAUGGCGACGGCGCCCUCGUCAGCGGCACCAGCCGAUUCCGACCGACGAGGCCCGUGACGGUGCCCGAGACGAACGACACGCGGGAGAGCACACAGUCCAUCCUGAACAGGUACUCGGGCUUGUCCAGCGCCGCCCUGGACAAUGAGACGGGCAGCACCUCGUCGGCCACGCCCGACAGCAUUGCUGACGACGCCGCCCGCCGGAAGGAGCGGGCGCAGCUCAUCAACAUGUAUUCGCUGCCGCUGAACGUCCUGCACAACAUCGGCAGCUCCCACAACCGCAAGUUCCUGAAGCGCGGCAAAGACUCCGCGUGCCAGGGCGAGCAGGACGGCGACACGGGGCGGCAGAGGGCGCUGCGCUACGACCAGGUGAAGGAGAUGGCUGCCAAGGUGUCCGAGUUCUCCACGUACAUCCCAGAGGAGGAGGGCAGCCAGGGCCCGCCGCGGAAAGUGUUAUACGGUAGUGCUUCUACGGGUGAUGUGCUCUCGGCCUUGAACAAAACCAGUAUGCGAAGCUCGGAUAACAUGUCCAAACAGAGCACGCCGGACUCUGAAAAGUUCGUGCUGUACGACCCGCCCAUUGUGUUCGAGAAGGCGGCCGUGCGCGAAAAGCCGUACCCAACCGCGUGCAUCAAGCCCGUGAAGCCCACCAGCCUCGCCCUCACCCGAACCAACACCAUGGACCUCCUGGACUCCCCCACGGACGCCCCCUCGCCCCGCCUCCAGAGCUCGCAGUCGCAGAAGAGCCUGUUCUCCAUCCUGGACCCCGUCAACAGUCCGUACGGCGUCAAGACCCCCAACACGCCCACCACGCCCUCGCUCAAGGUGUCCAACUACAUAGAGCCCGAGCAGGAGUACACUUUCACCACAUUCAAACCCGCCAACAAACUCACCAACAAUAACAACAACAGUAGCACUGCCAUAAACAACAACAACCCCACGACGCCCCAGGAGAGCAAGGGCAGCUUGUCCGACAUCGGUUACGUCCCCGCGUUGGCCCCCAAGUCUCCCCUGGACCAGCAAGUGUCCGUGACCGUGUCCGUGAAGCCCAAGGUCGCUGGCGCCGCCCUGGCCUCGAAGCCGAAAGCCGAGCAGGACGACUCUUACUCGUUCGUGAAGUACAAGGCGAAGGCUGGGGUGGGGGCCGCGCCGCCGGGCAACGGCAAGGGCCUCAAGUCGACCGCCUCGACGGCAAGCAUCUCGGCGUCGGCGCUGGGCCCCGGGGCGCCCGCGCAGCCGCUGCGGAAGGCGGGGGUGUUGGACCUGCUGGGCAUUCAGGAGGUGGGGAACAAGACUAGUGUGAAGCAACAGUAUUCUUCCUUCUACAGCUCUAGUAGCGUGAGUAGUGAUAGUUCACGGGCACCGUCAGUGGAAGAUGAUGAAGAUGGACACCUCAUAUACCGCAAUGGCGACGUGCUGCAAGAUAGAUACAAGAUCAUUACCACUCUCGGCGAGGGCACCUUCGGCAAGGUGGUCAAGUGUCGCGACCUGCAGAGGGACGCGCCCCUCCCGAAGCCUCAGCGACACGUGAGACCGCUCGGACUCUCGCCCUCAGAGGACUUGUCUCCCGUAGGAUCGUUAAGUGAUCGGCACAUAGCUCUCAAGAUCAUCAAAAAUGUCGAGAAAUAUAGAGAGGCUGCCAAGUUGGAAAUCAAUGUGCUGGAGAAGCUGGCCGAGAAGGAUCCCCACAACAAACAUUUGUGUGUCAGGAUGUUGAGCUGGUUUGACUACCAUGGUCAUGUGUGUAUAGCCUUUGACAUGCUUGGACUCAGCGUGUUUGACUUCUUGAAGGACAACAAUUACCGUCCAUAUGCCCUGGAACAAGUCCGACACAUCUCCUACCAGCUGUGUUAUGCUGUCAAAUUCCUCCAUGACAACAAACUUACUCAUACUGAUCUCAAGCCCGAAAACAUCCUCUUCGUCGAUUCAGAUUACGACUUGACAUAUGAUCCCAAGAAGAAACGAGACAUCAGAACAGUAAAGAGGACAGACAUCCAGCUAAUCGACUUUGGAAGUGCAACAUUUGAUCAUGAGCACCACAGCACUAUAGUUUCUACUAGGCAUUACAGAGCACCAGAAGUUAUACUAGAAUUGGGAUGGCAGCAGCCUUGUGAUGUCUGGUCCAUUGGGUGUAUAAUGUUCGAGUUGUACUUGGGGAUCACCUUGUUCCAAACGCAUGAUAACCGAGAACAUCUGGCCAUGAUGGAACGUAUCCUCGGACCCAUUCCUUACAGAAUGGGUAGAAAGACAAGGACCAAGUAUUUCUAUCACGGCAAAUUAGACUGGGAUGAAAAGAGCUCUGCGGGCAGAUAUGUGCGCGAGAACUGUAAACCUCUUAGGGUAAUGCUGAGCAGAUAUUUGGUUUGUAAUAGCUACCAGACAAGUUCAGAUGAGGACCAUAGGUUACUAUUCGACUUAAUCACCAAGAUGCUGGAAUAUGAACCAGGCCAGCGCAUCUCCCUGAGCGAGGCACUUAGGCAUCCUUUCUUCGAGAAAAUCCCUCCUCACCAGCGGUUAGGCGACGACCAUCGGGAACGCUCACAUUCCCUCUCACGGUGAUGCCAGAUAUUCCAAGGGUCCUACAGCACUGCUGCCUAACUCAUAUACCUUUCCCUUGUGCUCUCCCGGGCUGUUAACAGUUCAUGUGCCGGAUUAUGUAGAUAAGUCAAGAUAUUAGCUCAGUUUAAUAUACGUAACCAGCAACUGAAUCUCAGUAAGGAUUUCAGCAAAAUUACCAUUAUUAUUAUUAGUCUUGUUGAACUGAAAUGGUAUAUUUUUAAGGUUCAUUAUUUUACAGUAAGAAAAAUUGUUGAUGAUGAUGGGUUAGUACAAAGAAGGUGUUGAUUCUUUGAGUGGGUGAUUGGGCAUUGAACCUUUUAUAGGAUGAAUGGGGUUUGAUAGUUCCUGUGAUCUUGUUUGUGGAAUUAACCACCUUCUUGGUGAAAGUCCCAUUAUUAUUCCUAGCUAAAUAAAAAGAGUUUAAAAAAAAAGAAUAAAUACAUACAUAAAAAGCAGAGCUCAAGACUUGAAAGCAAGUUUUUUUUUGUUUUGUUUUUUUUUCAGGCUGAGCAACUGUUCACAUUAGCAUAUGGCAUUGGGAGGGAUGCAAGGUAGUUUAAUAUAGGAACAUUUUACAUGUGUCUUUGUGCAUUAAGUUGUAAUUAUCUGUGAACUAUCAUUUGGUAUGUUUUUAAAAGCUUUUGUUUUUAAAAUGAGGCUACCACAUGACAAAAGGUGAAUUUCCUCUUUGUUCAGAGGUAAUGAACAAUUGGUUACUAGGAAAAUGAAUGUAUGAACUAAGGGAGUGUGAAGGAGCAUCCACACUGUAUUGUGUAGGAAUUAGGGACAAUUGAACUUCCUGUAAAGGAUCUCUCUGCUCUUUAUCAAAGCCAACUUCAUAUGUGUUCUGUACAAGAAAGUGAUGUUGUGAACUGUGUAAAAUAUUUUUUAAAAAUGUACAUUAUUUUCUAAUUUGCACAAAAGUUAGAUGAUAUGGAACAAAUGACUGAAACUACUUGUAUCAUUUGAAAUGACACUGCCGGAGAAAGUGGACUCUUUAAAUAAACAGUGUAAAGAUAGCAGCUUGUGGAGCUUGGCGAAGCACGUGUGGCUUCCCAUAUUGCCCAACUUUAAGAGUAGGAUGAAAGAUUGGCAUGUCUGCUGUCGGGUUUUUCUUGUAAGUGAAUGAUAAGCAUAAAACUUGCUACUGACCAAUUUGUAUCGGAAAAAAAACACAAAAAAAAAUUUGACAAUUAGUCAAACAGCAUCUGACAGAAAAGUGAAGGGAGGUGGAAAUGUUAAUGGGCUGUUGUUUGUACUUCCUGGUGCAUACAUCUUUUCAGACAGUAAUGGAGGGCCUCCACAGUUUCUUUUGUAUUAUCUUGGGAGGUAUAAAGUAUGUAAUAUAUACUUUAUAUAGUACAUAACUAAGGGCAGGAUAUUUGUGUUAUAUCUGCAUAUUUAUAUUGUAUAUAUUAGUUACUUGUGUUGUCCAGCCCUCUCCAAUAUUUUAUUUUGUAUGUGUGUAUUUAAGGAUGUUCCUUUUUUUUUUCCUUUUUUUUAUAAAAAAAAAUUCCAAUUUGAUGAAUGAUGAUUAUCUUCAUUGUAGAUUUUGUGAAUAUUAAAAAAAAAGCUUCAGCUACAACCAAUGUAGAUUGAGGGCAUUUUUCCAUAUCUAAAAAUAAAAUAAAUAAAAAAAUCAUAAAAUCGAUUGUGAUGUGUAUAUUGACUGAUGUAUAGUUUGUCUGUAAGAGAAAAGUUUGUUAUUCAUGCAAUGGUAUGACUAGUUUCAUCAAUGCCAAGGCCAUAAAUUUGUUGCUCUCAAUAAAUAUUUUCAUUUAAAA